GUCUGUUUCCCUCUUCGUCUGGUGACUGCAUGUCUCCAUGCACCCAUUUGCUUCAUAUGUCCUACGAAGUUACUACAAGGCAACAGGAUGGAACGAAGAUAAUUUGUUCACCAACCUGACUCGGUCAUCCGACGCUAUCCUCGACUUUACUGUACCCAAGGGCCUCCAUUUGUCCAUCUCAAAAUCGCCUAAUGCACUGUUCAAGACAACCUACUCGAUGAAUGCUAUGCCUUCGCUGAAUGGCUCGGUUGGGUACAUCUUCACGUCCUGCGACCUCAAUGUCAAGGGGUCGGGAGACAUCCGGUUCAAAGACAUGAUUGAGCGCUUCAGAGUGUAUGAUCAGCCACGCAGACCAGAAGGGAAGGAGGAUGAGUGGCUGGCUGGUCAACGUGUGGAUACUCGCGAUUACCUUCUGUAUGGACGGUAUUACUUACCAACGGGACGCCUGGAUGCGCUCUAUUCUACAAGGUUGACACCAACACUGCAAGCUAUCGUUGCUGCUAUUUCUACACCGCCGUCAGCUACGACGCGAGCUCAACGAGGCGCUGAUCCAAGCAAUAUCAUGUUAUACCUCCAGCAUGAUGUAGGAAAAUGGUGUUCUGAGUAUACCUGGAGCGCAGAAGACGGUAUGCUGGGUGUCAAGGUGCUUCAUAAUUUUGGCCGUCUCGCUAGCGACAGCUCUGCAUCGGACGACAGUGACAAGGGCGCCAGCAUCGGAGUCAAGCGUAUCGACGAAGAGGACGCAGUGGAAGGUGGGCUGAAAGGACGGCUGUCCGCCGGUGCCGAAAUCUAUUUCAGUGCCAAAGAGAAGAGUGCCGGAGUCUCGACUGGAAUCAGGUUUUCUACCCUUCCGGAUGCAACGCCUCCCUCCUUUCAACUACCGUCUUCAAUAUCCUCGCCCUUUCCCGGACCAUCUACGAAAAAUCUGCCAUCACCUCCAACCACAAUUACCGCACUGUUCAAUCCCAUGCUUGGACAUCUCUCUGGCGCUUACUCUGCGCGUAUUUCGCGGGAUGUAGCCUUGUCAUCACGCUUCGACUUCAAUGUCUACAGCUAUGAGAGCGAAUGGACGAUGGGUGCGGAAUGGUGGUUACGACGACCCCCAUUGGAAUCCAAUGACGACGAGGAUGAUAACUCUCUACCCAUUCUACCUUCUGAGGCGAAGCCGAAUGUCGAGCCAGGUCAAGUUCAAGGCGUAGUGAAAGCUCGUGCAUCGACAAAUAAUGACGUCUCCAUUAUGUGGGAAGGACGGGUCCGCAAUAUGCUGGUCAGCUUGGGCGUCGUUUCAGAUCUCUCAAAUCGAUCAAGGCCCAUAAAAGCCAUCGGAUUGGAACUGUCAUAUUUUGCGUCAGGAUAAGGUGCUUCGCUUAAAAUUCGUAGAUCCCACAAAGACUGCUUCGGGUUAUUAUUCUCUAUCAGGGUGGCAUAUCUGAUCCAGCAUGAGCAUGGAUGCCAUUUAAUUAUGUUUAUCUUCUUCCAAUGAGCAGGUUUGAAGAA